AUGUCCAACGGUAUCAAUGGUUUUCAUAAGGAGAUUGAAACACUCCAUAUAAACGGCAAUGGAAAUAGUACGAACGGUACAAAUGGGCGAUCUGCGUCAGAGGAGAAUGACAAGAAGAAAAAGCGAAUGAGUCGCAAGCUCUCCAGUCCUAUGAUGCCGUCCUUUAUGGUCUCGGCUCCUGGCAAGGUCAUCGUCUUUGGCGAACAUGCAGUAGUCUAUGGCAAGGCCGCUAUCGCUGCCUCCGUCUCGCUCCGCUCCUACCUCCUAGUGACGCAUCUCUCCAAAUCGAAACGUACAGUAACCAUGCAGUUUCCCGACAUCGACCUUAUCCAUACGUGGAAUAUUGACGAAUUACCAUGGGACAUAUUUCAACAGCCUUCUAAGAAAAAGUAUUACUACGAUCUUGUCACAUCUCUCGACCCCGAUCUCGUAAAAGCUAUUCAACCUCAUCUUGCAGGCAUCUCGCCAGGGAAGUCAGAACCCGAGCGAAAAAUACACCAAAACUCCGCCGCCUCGUUUCUAUACUUGUAUCUGUCACUAGGAUCGCCAAAGUCCCCAAGCUGCAGGUAUACCCUUCGUUCGACAAUACCGAUUGGGGCUGGUGUUGGGAGCAGCGCGUCGAUUGGCGUCUGUCUAGCUGCUGCUAUGCUGUUACAAAUUCGUACGCUAUCUGGUCCGCAUCCCGACCAACCACCUGAAGAGGCUCGUCUACAAGUGGAAAGGAUAAAUAGGUGGGCUUUCGUGGCCGAGAUGUGCAUACACGGCAAUCCUUCUGGCGUUGAUAAUACAGUUUCUACACAUGGCAAAGCUGUGGUGUACCAGCGAACGGACUAUAAGAAACCGCCAACGGUGACACCGCUAUGGGACUUUCCCGAAUUGCCAUUACUCCUAGUGAAUACUAAAACACCAAAGUCUACGGCUGCCGAAGUGGCCAAAGUCGCGAAGUUAAGUGGCACGCACCAGGAGCUAGUGGGAACGAUUUUGGAUGCGAUAGACAAGGUCACCAGAAGUGCGGAGAGUUUAAUAGAGGAGGAAUAUUUUGACAACGAGGAAACGGAGAGUCUACGGCGCGUAGGAGAGUUGAUGACAAUCAACCAUGGUUUACUUGCGUCUUUGGGCGUUUCGCAUCCUCGCCUCGAACGAAUACGAGAACUAGUCGACUACGAAGGGUUCGGAUGGUCGAAGCUUACUGGUGCGGGCGGUGGCGGUUGUUCGAUAUCGUUAAUGAAGCCGGAUAUCCCUCAAGAAGAGCUGGAUAAGCUAGAACACAAACUCGACAUGGAGGGAUACCAAACAUUCAGGACGACUCUUGGUGGAGAUGGUGUCGGCGUGUUAUGGCCGGCAGUGUUGAAGAACGGCCUAGACGAAGAUGAGGAAGGCGGCAUGGAAAUCGAUCUUGAAGGUUUCCUGAAUGCACCAGGUAAUGAUGGUGUGGAGAAGAUGGUUGGUGUAUCUGGGGGUUUAGACGGAGCUGAGAGGGAAGGCUGGAAAUUCUGGAGGGUCGAGAGCCAAUGA